CGGGGGGGGAAAUGACGCCGUUAUCCUGCGACAACUACCGAGAUCAAAAUAAAAGCUGGUUUAAGCGUGUCUUAGCUGAGAUAAAUGUAAAUAAAUAAAUGUACUAGUUACAGGAAUGUCUUUAGAGCGCCUUCUACGUGACUUGAAUAUUAAGUCUGAAGUUGAGAAGGAUGGAAGUGUCAUUUCUGUCCUUUCGGAAAUCCGUGAACGCUUCGAGGAGAGAAAUUCAGACAAGCCGAGCAUCCUGAGUCGCACAGCUGAGGUGUUCAGGAUCAGUCCCCUGUCCUGGCUCUUCCCCGAGUUCAGCUCACGGUUACGGAGCACGUAUGCAGACCUGGUGAACUCCUGCACUAAACACGCCGCUUUGCCGUUGUGUGACACGGACAGCGGGACUUUACCGGCCGCCAGCUAUGAAGAGAUCCCAGGAAAAGCCCUGGCGGUCGGGGGAACUCUCCUGGCGCUGAGCGCUCGGCUCGGAGAGGCGGUGAAGUCUGGAGCCUCAGGGGCGAAGGCUUUAAUUCACGCACUCAGUCCUUUGCUGUGUGUCUUCUCCAUCACACACCUGCAGAAGCAGCCGUGGACUGAUAAAUCCUCCAGGAAAUGUGCUCUGGAGCUGCUGAAGCGCACCGUCACAGCCAGUGGAAGCGGCUCAGUGCAGGAGCUGCUGUGUGGAAGUGAUGGAGGCGCAGACACAGGGAUCCUGGGAUCCAUCCUGGACACACUCCAGCCUGACAUGACAAAGGAAACCUGGAAGCGAAACGAAGCGGUCAAACACGUCUUCUCGUGGCUGCUAGUGCAGGUCGGGCGUCCCUGCUUAGCCGACUACUUGGACAAGGUCUUCCCUCCGUCUCUGCUCAUAUCGGACGACUACCGGACGGAGAACAAGGUCCUCGGCGUGCACUGCCUUCAUCACGUCGUCCUUCAUGUGCCUGCUGCUGAUUUGAGGCAGUUUAACCGAGCUCAGGUGCUCUACGACGCCCUCUACAAUCACCUGUACACGUCUGACGCACCGCUCAUACAGGUGGUUCUGCCGUGUCUUAUAGAUUUACUCUCAGUCCUUGAGAAGCCUCUCGGCCACGCAGGAUUACCCCGAACGCCGAACCGCUACGACAGCGUCCUCCGCCUCAUUUUAACGCACAUGGAAAUGGAGCACAAGCUCGCACUGCGCCGGAUCUACGCCAGCAAUCUCCUGCUGUUCGUCGAGAAGAUGGGUAUAGGCAUCGCACGGCAUUUGAAGAGGCUGGAGAGGGUGAUUGUGGGAUAUCUGGAGGUCUCGGAUGGUCCGGAAGAGAAAGCCAGACUCAGCAUAUUGGAGGUUCUAGAGAGGACGAUACAGGUUGCCUGGCCAAGGAUGGCAUGCAGGCUGUCUGUCCUAGCUAGGAGCUUGCUCAGGUUCCUCGUGGACGUCUCUGCAGAGCCUCUGUCUCCUGAGCUCACCGAGGAGCUGUCCAACAGAGCGUCACGCUGCCUGCUGCUGCUGGACCACUGCUCACACGGCGCACUGAGGGUGGAGCUGAAGGAGGUGGACGGCAGCUGUGUGUGUGAGCGAGUGUUAAAGUGCAUACAGGAUUUUACGCGUGCAGAGUGUGUGAGCUGAGCCGAACCGAGCAGCACGGACGCCAUUCGUCACACUGUAAACUUUUUAUUUUGUCAGCGUUAAGAAUAAGAUCAUCAAAUACAUCACGUAUGUUUGUAUGGACGGCUGAAUAAAGCAAACGGACUUCUAAGGUGACGUUUUAAAAAAAAAUCGAUUUCCUGCUUUUGGAAGGUCCGGAAAAAUAAAGGAUGUUCUGUGAUAUGUA